AAAUUGAAAAAAUCAAAACAAAAACAUCAAUUAAUUAAUUUCACGUCUAUUAUGACUAGUCACGUACAACGAGUAAGGAUUUUAUAUAAAUCAAUAUUAAAGCUACAUAGAGGUUUACCUGUUGAAAUUAAAGAACUCGGCAAUCAGUAUGUACGAGAUGAAUUUAAGAGGCAUAAAAAUUUAAAGGAUACUGAUGAUCAAAUUCGAGUUUUCAUGUGGGAAUGGACUGAUUAUGCGAUUAAUCUUGCCAAACAGUUGAGUGUACAGCACAUACAGCAAGAGAAAAAAGUUGGGAAGAAUUUACAUGAACAGGAACUGGACAAGUUCAAUGACGAACAAAUUGUGCAGCUUAACGAGCUGUAUUUAGCAUCAAAAGGAAAAGAAAGUGAAACAGUUGAAGAUAAAAAAUUGUAG